GGUCCCCCUCGUCACUGAGGGCCACACUGCCGCACCUGCCCCGAUCCGCCCGAGGUGUGGGACGCAGGCAGUCCCUCAGGGGCAACGUUACCCAUCCUCCCCCUGCCCCCGGCAACGUCCCGCGCCAUGUCGGCCGCCGCCUUCGCCGCGCCCCUAGGCCGCCGGGCUGCCCAGCGGGGGCUGGUGCCGCCCGCCGUAGGCGCGGUGCAGCGCAGGUUUCUGAACCUGCACGAGUACCAGGCGCAGAUCAUCUUCCAGAAGUACGGCGUGGGCGUGCCGAAGAACCUCCCCGCCUUCUCGGUCCCGGAGGCGGUUGAGAAGGCCAACAGCAUGCCUGGCGACGAGGUCGUCGUGAAGGCGCAGGUGCUGGCCGGCGGCAGGGGCCUCGGCCACUUCAAGGAGAACGGCUUCCAGGGCGGGGUGCACAUCGUCCCCAAGGGCAAGGUCUCGGAGUUCGCGGAGAAGAUGCUGGGAAAGACGCUGGUCACCAAGCAGACCGGGGCGGAGGGCAAGCCCAACAACACCCUGCUGCUGGCGGAGAAGGUGUCCAUCGCCGACGAGAAGUACUUCGCCAUCCUGAUGGACCGCGGCAGCGGUGGCCCCCUCAUGAUCGGGAGCAAGGUAGGCGGCACGUCGAUCGAGGACAUCGCGGCCGCGGACCCCACCGCAAUCAUCAAGAUGCCAGUGGACAUCAUGACUGGCAUCACCGACGAGGUGGCAUCCAGCAUGGCCACCCAGAUGGGGUAUUCUGGCGAUCAGAACAAGGAAGCGACGGCGCUCAUCUCGAAUCUGUACAAGUGCUUCAUCGGAUGCGACUGCACCAUGCUGGAGAUCAACCCGCUGGCGACGCUCAAGGACGGCCGCGUGCUCGUCUGCGACUCCAAGGUCAACUUCGACGACAACGCUGAGUUCCGCCAGAAGGAGAUCCACGCCCAGAGGGACACGUCGCAGGAGAACGCCAUGGAAGUGGAGGCAAAGAAGUAUGACCUGAACUACAUCAAGCUGGACGGCAGCAUUGCCUGCAUGGUGAACGGCGCUGGCUUGGCCAUGUCCACCAUGGACUUGCUCAGCAUUUUGGGCGGCAGCCCUGCCAACUUCCUGGACGUCGGGGGUGCCUCCACCGUCGAAACCAUGACCGCCGCUUUCAAGAUCAUCAUGGGCGACCCGAACGUGAAGUCCAUUUUCGUCAACAUCUUCGGUGGCAUUGCCCGCUGUGACCACAUCGCCGAGGCUGUGGUUGCCGGCGUCAAGGCCGUGGGCGGCAAUGAUGCCAUAAAGCCGCUGGUGAUCCGCCUCGAGGGCACGAACGUCGAGGCUGGCAUGACGAUCAUCAAGGACAGCGGUGUGAAGUGCUUCCUGACCAACGACUUCACGACGGGUGCGAAGGAGGCCGUCAAACUCGCGGCCGCCUGAGCAGAAGCUGGGGCAUCGCGUCCCGCGCGGACAUUGAGAGUAGCGCCCUCGCGUGAGUGUGUGGUUCAAGCCUGUAGCGUCUUGUGCAGCAGGUGAUAUUCAAGUCGGUGCCAGUACUGCUAGUGCGCAUCGUUUUGAAUGCGUCGCCUCGUCCUUGCCAUACGACGUGUGCUGUGUGUGUGUGCCCCGACAGGCCAAGCGCAUCGAGCGGCACCGGAGAUGCUCGUACCCUUCGCUGCACGGGCCAGGGCUGAUUCGAGCAAACCCGUAAUUUUUUUGGCUUUGAUCUCGUGAACGCCCUCUCCGAGACUCCGAGAUUGGCGCCGCCGUGGAUCGAGAGUGGCAAAAAACGAAAGGAGUGCUGGCUGCGUGCGACUCCGCACACUGUUAUAUCAUGUACAUACGAUGCAAG